AGUAGUAAUAAGUAUCACAAAAAUGGCAUUGCCUAAUAAUGAUAUUGGAGACGAAACUAGACAAGUUCUGGCCGCUCAGGCACACAUAUGGAACCAUAUAUUCAACUACAUCAACUCCAUGUCACUUAAAUGUGCAAUUCAACUUGAAAUUCCAGAUAUCAUCCAUAGCCAUGGCCGACCCAUGCACCUCUCCGAUUUAGUAGAGGCCCUCCCCAUCAACAAUAAUGAUAAGGCUAAAACUCAUGAUUGUGUUUACCGUCUCAUGCGUAUUCUAGUUCAUGAUGGCUUCUUUAUUCAACUAGCUGAGGAGGGCUAUUUACUUGCUCCGACCUCACGUCUCCUCCUCAAAGAUGAAACUAUGAGCAUGAUCCCGUUUUUGAAUUUGCAACUAAAUCCAAAUUCGAUGGAUUCAUGGCAUUCUCUCAGCAAAUGGUUCAACAACGUCAGUGACGAUUCUAAUAGUACUCCAUAUGCAACCGCUCAUGGCAUGCCAUUUUUCAAAUAUGCAGAGAAUGAAGCAAGAUUUAACCAUAUAUUUAACGAAGCCAUGGCAAGUGAUGCCCGUUUGGUCAUGAGUGUGUUGAUUCAAAAUGGUAAGGGGCUAAUUUUUGAAGGGUUGAAAUCAUUGGUGGAUGUUGGAGGGGGUACUGGAACCGUAGCUAAAGCUAUUGCGGAUGCAUUUCCACAAAUAAAUUGCACUGUCUUUGAACUCCCUCAUGUAAUUGAAGGGCUAGAAGGAAGCAAGAACCUGAACUUUGUGGGAGGAGAUAUGUUUAACUCCAUUCCCUCUGCCAACGCAAUUUUACUUAAGUGGAUAUUACAUGAUUGGAGCGACGAAGAUUGUAUAAAAAUAUUGAAGAAAUGUAAAGAAGCAAUUCCAAGUAAGGAGAAUGGAGGAAAGGUAAUCCUAAUUGAAAUAGUGAUGGAUCAAAACAAAGACGACAAGUCAUAUGUAACUCAACUCUUUCUGGACAUGCUUAUGAUGGUUAAUGCUACUGGAAAAGAAAGAAGUGAACAAGAAUGGGCAAAACUUUUCGUCGAUGCUGGUUUUAGUGACUACAACAUUAAGAUCGGUGAUUGA